GACAAACAGACGUAAAUCUCUUUUUAAUUCCAUCAAUCAGGAAUAUAACGGCUGAUUUGAAUUUAAACUUAGUUCUCGGAUUAUCCACCAGAAUAGGAUGGCGCUGCAAUCAAGGCACACUUUCAAAUGACGUUUAAGCUAGCGCGCCAAAAGUUUCAGGUAGCGCGCCAAAAGUUCUGUUUUUUUUUCUGCUGCUACUUGAGUGUGAGGAUGGACCAGUUUGGAGAAGAUUGGUCGGUGGAAUUUUUGGAUCCGGACCCGCCUCCGGGUGUGGAUUCCGCUAAAUGGUCUGUUGAGCAUUUAGAUAAUCCUCAAUCCUUCCCGGCCGAACCGUUAGAAGAAGAGACGCCGGACUGGUUUGAAAGUUUUAUCACAAAACACGAGCCACAGGAUGAAGAUAUGCCGGAUGCGAACUGCGGAAGUCUACUGCUUGACCGACACGAGCCACUGGACGAAGAAAUGCCGGAUGCUACGAGUAACGAUUCCGGUGUUCUGAACAUCGGAAGAUUCUUAGGCAAUUCCAACAACGAGACGCCGUCCCAUUCAGCUGAGUUUGUUAUUUCAUCCGUCGGCGUUGAUGGUGUACCCCAACUUGACCAGGUGAAUGGGUUAGGCAAUGCAGUGUCCACCGGAAUCGCCUCGCCAACCUCGAGCACGCAAGAGACCGCGAGAAUCUUGACUCCAUCGUGGUUCUCAAAUCCGGCCUUCGUGAAUGACGCGGUGUCCAGCGAUGGCAGUUGCGCGACCCGGCCGACUUCGAGGACGCAAGAGACCGCGAGAAUCUUAACUCCGUCGGGGUUCUCAAAUCCGGCCGUCAUGUUAUGAUUUAUUUCAUCCCUUUUUGAUUGACUUAAUACUCAUUGUCGUACGACCUAAUGAUAAUAAACGAAACUCAGAAUUAAACCC